GGCAGAAGGCAAAUCUGCGCCUUUCUCUACCCAAUGCCUAGUCCUUCUUACAAUCGUCACAUUAUUAUUGCCUCAUGUUUUUGUUGUCUUCUUAUUUUUUCAUCAGCUGCGCGAGUUCCGAAAGCUUCGAAAAAACAUCUUGCCAGGGUGAAGCAGCUGCUGAAUGAUGAAGCUGAAAGACACAAUACAUUAAUUCAAAGCGAUUCAGUUACUGUCUUUGAUGAUAUACAACGAAAUCCAAAUACAGGAGUACAUCACGAUGAAUUGGCAGUGAAUAACGCUGACGAGUAUUUCCAAGGAGAUGUUGACUUGUCUGAACAACAAGUGAAAAUUAUUGAAGAUCAGUUUACACAGGGCAAAAGAGAAAAAAGAAAGAUUGGAAGAAAUCCAUUGUAUAAAAAGUGGGAUACAAGAGGGCCUAUUAGUUUUGAUUAUGCCGAAAGUAUACCGUUCCAAACAAGACAAAAAAUCAGAAGUGCAAUGCUCCUAUGGCAGCAACAUACAUGCCUCCGAUUUGAAGAAGGAGGUCCAAAUGUGGAUAGACUAGAGUUUUUCGAUGGAGGAGGAUGUUCUUCCUUUGUUGGAAGAGUUGGUGGAACACAGGGAAUUUCUAUUUCAACUCCAGGAUGUGAUGUUGUUGGGAUUAUAAGUCACGAAAUAGGACACGCAUUAGGUAUUUUCCACGAACAAGCUCGACCGGACCAGGAACGACAUAUCGCUAUCAACUACAACAAUAUUCCACUCUCCAGAUGGAAUAAUUUCCAAGCUGUUGGAGAAAAUCACGCGGAAACUUAUAACCUACCAUAUGACACCGGAAGCGUCAUGCAUUAUGGUCCGUACGGGUUUGCGUCUGAUCCAUAUACUCCAACUAUUCGGACACUUGAAAGAGUUCAGCAGUCGACAAUUGGUCAAAGAGCUGGCCCAUCGUUUUUAGAUUACCAAGCAAUUAACAUGGCAUAUGGAUGCACAGAGUCGUGCGCAGACCUUCCAUGCCUUCGUAACGGAUACACCCACCCCAAUAACUGCUCCAUGUGCGCAUGUCCCGAAGGUUUAUCAGGAAGAUAUUGUGAACAAGUGUACCCGUCAAACGCUCAAUGUGGUGGGGUUAUUUUUGCUACAAAGGAAGUGAAGUACAUCACUAGCCCAAAUUACCCUGACAAAUUUCCAAUUGACACCGAAUGCAAUUGGAUUAUCGCAGCGCCAAUCGAAGGAAGAGUGUUCAUGGAAUUUGAAGGAGAUUUUGAUUUUCUCUGCGAAGACACUUGCGACAAGGCAUACGUAGAAGUUAAAUAUCAUAGUGACAAACGUCUUACUGGAGCCAGAUACUGUUGCUCGCUGCUUCCAAAAAAUCGAUUCAUCUCUUUCAAAAAUGAGAUGAUUAUUAUAAUGAGAGGGUAUAGAUCAAGUGGAGCUGGGUUUAAAGCCAAGUUCUGGUCUAAUUUGGGAGAGCCAGAAGGAGUUAGCACUCCAUUGCCGCCAACAACAGCUCCGCUCCCAGAAAUUUCGGAAACAACACAAAAGCCAGAACCAACCACUGUACAAUCUACAACUACAUAUACAACGGCAAUUCCGCGGAGAACCGCAAAAAAACAGUUCUUCACAAGAAAACCCAUCACAAUCCCAUUGACACCUCUAACUUCCUCGUCAACUACAACGGAGUCUACCACUGUAUCUUCUACGACACAAUCAACUACCUGGUUGCCAACUGAACCAUCAUUCGCUACCGGCGAAACGGAAAUCACAACUGCAAGCCCCACAAUCACGUUAUUCCCAAGUUUAUCAACUAUACUUCCUCCUAUCAAUUCGUUAGCUGGAGUUCUACCAUCUACACAAGCUCCAGAUAUUAUCAAUAGUGUAUUAGAAUGCGGCUGUGGAGCUUGGUCUGAAUGGCAAGGUGAAUGCUCCCAGCAGUGUGGCGGAUGCGGUCAUCGACUGAGGAAGCGAGAGUGCAAAAAAGAAGCUUGCAGAAAAGAAGAAAAACGCCCAUGCAACUUCUCAGCAUGCCCCGACGGCACUAACUUCCUAAUCAACAAUGCUGAAUUCCAUAUUCUUUGGAGAGGGUGUUGUGUUGGGUUGUUCAGAUCCGGAGAUCAAUGCUCCGCCCUGGAAACUGAAUCGAACCCAUUCUUCAAAAUUAUCAACAGCCUGCUGAACAUUCAAGAUGCUAAGAACAAUGAUACGUUAAUAGCAAAAAGAAUGAUGCGAGGAGAACACUAAUGUAUUUAUUUGUUAUAAUGUCAACUAUGUAUAUGUGUUAUAAUUUGUCAGAAACUCUAAAUAAAGUAUUCAAAUUUUU